UCAGCUGGUGUUUAAAGGGACCGUUUUGCUUUUUCAUCGCUUUGUUAUCACAGAAAAAAAACCAAGUCAUGUGACAGGGAACUACUAGAAGCUGUUGAUUCUGCCAUCGACCUCCUUACUCAGCUCUGUUUCUUCACAGUGGAGUCACUCUCUCUGAUAAAGUCAUCCGACAUGCUGUCUUUGAUAAUAAUCACAGGCCUGCUGGCUUUUACCUGUGGUAAACCAUGUGAUUCUGAAGGAUCCAACAAUGAGCUGCUCCUGUCACUCAGUAAGACUCUCCUUCGGUCUCUGGAGGGACAAGAAGGACUCCCCAAUCCCAGCGUGCACCUGGCUUUACGGCUUUCCAACUCCCACAACCUGGCCAAGGAGAGCGAACACCUGAACAUGUUGAAGAAUCACCUGCACAAUGACCUUCAAAACUCUCUCUCUAACAACCGGGCGGUGACCGGCCUCUUAGCGCUGUACACUCUGGCUCUGAAGGCGUCUUGCUACGACCUCAACACGAUCACGUUCGCCGUCAGCGAGGAGAGGGAGAAGCUGCUGACACACCUGAAGAAGCAGAUGGAACUGGAGAAAGAGCACAUUGGCUUCAGCCACCGCCCUUUGACCAACUAUUACCAGUACUCUCUGGGCGUGCUCGCUCUUUGUGCAACCGGCAUCAGGGUCAACAACCAUGUCAGCAACAAACUCAUCAAGGCAGCAGAACAUGGACGCUUCAGACACGGAGACUCAGAGAGCACCGAUACCUACGCCAUGGCGGGGAUGGCUCUCCAGUGUGUGAAGGAUUCUGGCUCUCAUGUGCUCAACGCCGCUGAGCUCGACGCCGCUCUCAUUACCAUCAAGCAGAAGCUGUUGGCGGCUCGCAGGCCGGACGGCCACAUCGGCAACGAGUUCAGCACCGGCCUCGCAGUUCAAGCUUUAUUGGCAAUGGGCAGCGAAGUCGCAGAGUGCGCUGCCUCGAUGGAGGCCAUAAGGACAGACGCCAGAGGCAACAAAUACGAGAACCCCAUGGCCGUGUCUCAGAUCCUGCCCGCUCUGCACCAGAAGUCGUACCUGAGUGUGAAGAGCAAGCAGUGCCUCGAUGAGGACGGCACUCUGGUGCUGGAGCCCGUGGAUCCUGUGGUGGUGUUACCAAGUGAUACCAAAGUGACGGUGGCGGUGGAGGUGGUGACGUCCAGCGGGGCGGCGGCCCUUUACUCCGUGGAUGUGCCAAAGGGGGGCUCACUGUUGGAGGCCCUUGAACUUCUCCUGUUGAAAAACGUUGGCUUCACGUUUGAGAAGGAGACCAGCCUGUGGGGACCGUUCCUGAGUGCAGUGAACGGAGAGCAGGCGAGACAGAGCGACCGCAGAUACUGGCACCUCUCGUCUGAUGGCACAGCUCUCAGUCAGGGUGUGAGUGAUUACAAGAUCGAGGCGCCUCAAAAGAUCACCAUCAGAAACACGACCUACUGAGCGCGCGACGCUGAAGAGGCAGCAGAGUCUGAUGAUCAGUUUGACGUUUGUUUUGUUAUAUUUUGUGAUUAUACUUCAAUAGUUUUUUUUGUUAUCAGUUGUGAAUGAAUGUCUCUGUGGCUUCUUAAGGGUUUAGCAUUUCAAGAAGGAUUGAGGCUUCAAUAAAGUCAAAUUUAGAAGAAACUGAAGAGAAUCUGCUGUGAAUACUCUCACCUCAUCGUUUACACUUUCAUCUAAAAUCAUGGAUUGUGAAAAUGUUUGAUUAAAUGUAACGCGUGGCGUAAUUGCACUUU